GCAAUGGAACGCUCUGCUGGGAUUUAGUGCUAUUUGCCGCCGCGCUGUGACGACCACGAGCCAUGGUUCGCGUGCUCGACCUGCUGCCCGAAGAUGUCGAGGCGCUGGGCUUCGACGAGGUCUCGGAGAGCGAGGUCUCCGAGGAGUCGUCCAGCGUCGAGCUCGGCACCGUCGUGCACGCGGACGCGCCGCGCGACGCGGACGCGCCGCGCGUCGCGCGGCGCGCCGCGGUGCGGCAGACGACGGACCCGCGCGAGCUGCAAGAGGCCAUCGCCGCGUCGCGCGCCGAGGCCGCGCGCGCGGCGGCCGUCCGGCGGACGACGGACGCGGACGAGCUCGCGGCGGCCAAGGCCGAGUCCGCGGCCUACGAGGCGUCCAAGGAGGCCGAGCAGCGGCGCCGGCGGUUCCGCGCGGAGGACGCCGCGGCGGACCGGAGCCGGGGCCUCGCGGCGCUCAACGCGCGGACGCUCGAGGCCGUCGCCGCCGCGCUCGCGAGCGACGGCGGCGGCCGCGACUGCACGCGCGCGCUCGAGCGCGUCCUCGGCGACUACGCGCGCGACGCGCGGCGCCUCGACGCCGCGCGGCGCGCCGCGGACCCCUACGCCGCGUCGCUCGGGGACGACGCGCCGCGCGCGGCGGGGGCGCCGGCCGAGGACCGGCGCCGGCGGCGCGACCGGCGGCGCGACGCCGCGGGCUGCGGCGGCGGCGAGAUCCUGCGGCUCGGGUUCCGCGCCUUCGGCGGCGCGCGGCGGCGGCGGCGGCGCCUGCCGGACCCGCCGGGAGUGGCGACGCUCCGCACGGGCCGGGACCUGCUCGCGGCGCGCCUCGCGGCGCACGGCAAGCGCAUCUUCGACGUGAGAGGCGACGGCGCGUGCCAGUUCCGCGCCGUCGCCCACGGCCUCUGGGGCACGGAGAGCCACCACGCGCUCGUGCGGCGCCAGGCGCUCGCCGCGCUCGACGCGCGGCGCCCGCCGUUCCACGACUGCGAGGUCUACGCGUCCAACGCGGACGGCGAUUUGUGCACGCUCGACGUCGGCGACGACGUCGAAGCCUACCUCCGCGCGCUCGCCGACGACCGCUCCUGGGGCGACCAGAACACGCUCCAGGCCUGCGCCGACGCGUUCCGCUGCCGCGUGCUCCUCGUCACGACGCACGCGGACAACUUCGAGCUCCGCAUCGAGCCCGCGGACGACCGCGCCGCCGUCUCCGAGAUCUGGGUCGGCUUCCACUCGGAGUGCCACUACGUCGCGGCCGUCGACGCUCGAGCUCUCGAGACUGACUGCGCCGCCGGCGUCCAAGGACCAGCCGCCACCGCCAACGCCGCCGCCGGCGCCCAAGGACACAGCGUCAUCAUGGCCACGGACAACAAGUACGACCGCCAGCUGCGGCUCUGGGGCGCGAACGGCCAGCGCGCGCUCGCCGAGAGCCACGUGCUGCUGCUCGGCGCGGGCCCCGCGGGCACGGAGACGCUCAAGAACCUCGUGCUGCCCGGCGUCGGGCGCUUCACGGUCGUCGACGGCGCGACGGUGAGUGAGGCGGACCUGGGCAACAACUUCUUCGUGCGGCCCGAGGACGUGGGCCGGCCGCGCGCGGCGGCGACGGCCGAGCUCCUCAAGGAGCUCAACCCCGACGUCGAGGGCUUCCACCGCGUCGCCCGGCCCGAGGAGGUCGUCGCGGCGGAGCCCGACUUCGUCGCGAGCGGCUUUUCCCUGGUCAUCGCCGCGCAGCUCGAGCCCGCGGCGCUCCAGGCGCUCGGCGAGCGCUGCUGGGCGAACAACGUGCCGCUCAUCGCGAUCCGCGCCUACGGCCUUUUGGGCGUCGUGCGGCUCCAGGUGCGGCGCCUCGAGGUCGUCGAGUCGAAGCCGGACAACGUCGCCUGGGACCUCCGGUUGGCGGCGCCGUUCCCCGAGCUCGAGGCCGCGGCCGACGCGCUCGAUCUCGACGGCAUGGCCGACGCGGACCACGCGCACGCGCCCUACGUGCUCGUGCUCGCGAAGCUCGCCAAGGCCUGGCGCGUGAGCCACGGCGGCGCGUCGCCGAAGACGCGCGCGGAGAAGGACGAGUUCCGGGCGCUGGUCGCGGGCGCCGCGCGAGAGCUGCCGUCGAAGGUGCCGGAAAUGAACAUCGAGGAGGCGUCCAACGAGGCGUACCGCUGCUGGGCGGACCCCCGCGAGCUGCCCUGGGAGGCCCAGGCCUGGAUCGACGACGCCCGGGCCGCGCCGGACGCGCCGUCCGAGGGCCGCCGCGGCUCCGUCGGCUCCGAGGCCGCGCCCGCCGCGCCGCCGUCGGCGACGCACGUCGCCGUCGCGAGCGUCGCCGCCUUCAUGGACGCCCACGGCGGCCUGCCGCCGUUGAGCGGCGCCGUGCCGGACAUGCACGCGGACACGGCGUCCUUCGUGGCCCUCCAGAAGCUCUACGCGGCGCGCGCGGACGCCGACCGCGCGGCGUGCCUCGCGAUCUUCGCCGCGAAGCUCGCCGAGGCGACGGGCGCGCCGCCGACGGCCGACGAGGCCGCGGCGCUCGCCCUCGUCUGCAAGCACGUCCGCGACGUCAAGCUCGUCGCGACGCGGUCGCUCGCGGACGAGCUCGCCGCGCCGAAUUUAGGCGAGGCCGCGACGGCGCUCUUCGAGACGGACGACGCGCGCGAGAAGGCCCAGGCGCCCGUGGUCUGGUACGCGGCGCUCCGCGCGGCGGACCGCUUCUUCGUCAAGCGCGGCGCGUGGCCGGGCGCGGACGGCGCGGACCUCGCGGCGGACGCCGCCGCCGUCGCGGACGAGCUCCGCGCCUUCGUCACGGAGGCCGACUGCGCCGACGCCUUCGACGGCGUCCUCUCCGAGGCCCACGCCAAGGAGAUCGCGCGCUUCGGCGCCGCGGAGCUCCACGCGAUCGCCGCCGUCGUCGGCGGCGUCGCGAGCCAGGAGGCCGUCAAGGUCCUCGCCAAGCAGUACACGCCCAUCGACCACACCUACCUCUUCAACGGCAUCGCCGCCACCGCCGCCAUCAUCGACGUCUAGGGCGGUAAGGGGCCGGACAGCG